CUUCUGCCUGGGGAGGCUGCCAGGCAGGCGUGGGCCUCGGGGAAUGGGGGCCCCAUGGGCACCCCGGCCACUGCUCUGGGCCGUGCUGCUGCUGGGCUGGUGGCCAGAAGGGCUCCUAGCAGUGUCACCCCACAGGCCCUGCGGCACCCCCAACAUCUCACAGUCGCGGCUCUCCGUGCCUGAGGGGGGCACCGUCCGCCUGAACUGUAGCUUCCCCUGCGAACCCGGGAACCUGCAUCUCAACUGGUACCGCCUGGAGCCCGGUAACCAGACCAAGCUGGCCUCCUUCCCCAGGGACGCCAGCCCGCUGGACCCCCACUUCAAUAUCUCCCAGCUGCCUAACAGACCCACCUUCCUCAUCAGCCUGGAGGGCGCCCGGCGCAACCACAGCGGUGUCUACCUCUGUGGGUUCAUCCACCUAUCCCCCAGGGUAAUGGGGGUCACUGAGAGCCCCCGCAUAGAGCUCACGGUAACAGAGAGAGUGGAGGCAACACCCGCAGAGCACCCUUCACCCUCACCCACGCCCAGGCCAGCCGGCCACUCCCAGGCCCUUGUGGCUGGUGUGUCAAGUGUCCUGGGUGCCGUGUUGGUGCUGGUGCUGGCCUGGGUGCUGGUUGCCGUGCUCCCUGCUGCCCCUCGAGGAAUCUGUGUCACCAGGAGGCAGGACAGUGCCCAGAAGGAAGCGCCCCCGAGCCCUGGCAUGAACACUGUGGACUAUGGGCAGCUGGACUUUGAGUGGAGAGAGAAGACGCCAGAACCCCCCACCCCCUGCGCCCCGGAGCCCACUGAGUAUGCCACCAUCGUCUUCCCAGGCCCCAGCUCCCUCAGCAGAGGGAGUGCAGGAGCCCCAGGCCCGAGCCCCGAGGAUGGACAGUGUUCCCUGGAUGGACGGCGCUCCUGGCCCCUUUGACCCCUCAGCUCAUCCAGAAGGAGGGCACACAGGAGGGAGCUCUGCGGGGCUGCCCUGAGCAGGUGCUGUGCCCAUAGGGCCUCCUCAGACUGGGUGCCAGGCUCAGGUCCUGCUGCAGAUUCAAGUACACCUACAGACACCUCACGUACACCGGCAGGGCCCAGGCUCAUGGGGUACACAGGAGGUGCCGGGCUGUGCUCCCCAGAUACAGACACAGGAGAAACCGAGGCAGCCCAGGGCUGGGACUCAGCCACCCCUGCAUGGAGGCCCCCCCCACGCCCAGGUGCCAGCCGUGGGGUCUCCUGCUGCUAGUGCCCCCUCUCAGUGCAAUUAAGACCUGGCUGGCUGGGUCCUCACCGGAUUCCUGCUGGGCUGGGUGUCUGCCCUGUGGGGCUUCUCAAGGCCCUGGUCCCGCGCAUGGUGACUGAAUUAAACAGUGACAUGGUU